GUCGAAAGCAGCCAUCUCCUGGCGAAUGCUUGUUGCCCUUUCGCCUUCUCCCGAUUCACGCACAUACCUGCUUUACUUUUAUAUCUCUCUCUAUUCUGGAACCUUCACAUCUUCCUUCUCUUCUGUAUCGAAUGAACGGCUCUAGCGCCACCGACGCCGCUGCGGCGGCGCAGGCCGAUGGCAGCGUGGGCAUAGCACCUGGGGAGCUUCACCCAGGAGGGAUACUGGUUCAGAAUCGAAGCGACGCGGUUUCCGGUCCCCGCGGCAACCUCGUUAAGAUCAAGGUUCUCCGUGGCACCCAACUCCUUGACGUCUCCGUCCCAGUCGAAUCCACCUUCGGGGAGCUGAAGAAGGUACUUGAGAAAGAGACUGGUCUGGAGCCGCACGAACAGCGGCUCUUAUUCCGGGGUAAAGAGAAGGAUGAUGAUGACUGCUUGCGCAUGGCCGGUAUCAAGGACAUGUCCAAGGUCGUGCUUUUAGAGGACCCUGUGAGCAAGGCGCGGAAGUUCGAGCAGAUGAAGCGGGAUCUGUAUAUGAAGAAGGCCUACGAUGCCAUCGCAGCUGUGAGAGCGGAAGUGGACAAGCUCGCCACCAAGGUGUCAGCUUUGGAGGCUGCCGUUCAUUCAAGCACGAAAGCUGAUGCUAAGGACUUUGCUGUUUUGACUGAGUUGCUCAUGAUGCAAUUGUUGAAACUGGACGGCAUUGAGGCUGAGGGCGAAGCCAAAAUGCAGAGGAAGUCAGAGGUUCGCCGUAUCCAGAACAUCGUGGAGACACUAGACUCGCUAAAAGCAUUAAAUUCUAACCCCUUCAUUGACAACAACAGUAGUGCUGUCUCUAUGACUACUUCAUGGGAGACAUUUGAUUCUGGGUCAGAAAACCUAAAUGCAUCUUUUCCGAACACAUCAUCCGCCAUGAUUACCAAUGAUUGGGAACAUUUUGACUAGCCUUUAAUGUGGAAACGAACAAAUUAUUCAUCGUUUUUGCUGGCUGAUACUUAUAAUGAUUGCAUGUUCAUGCACAUAGGACGGCAGCUUGACAGAGUUCUUUCGGAAGGCAUUGUAUACCAGGAAAAUAAAUCUGUUCACUCAUCACUGUCAAUAUGGUUAAUUCAGCUUAUAGAAUGCUUGAAUAUUGACACAAUUCGUGAAUACUCUUGAAAGUUUAUGAUUGUAUUUGUUCCAACAGCGAUCUGUGCCUGCUCAA